AUGAGUCCCGCCCCACACCGGGACAAGGGGCGGAUUCUCGUCUGCAAGGCUAGAGGCCACCCAGCAGUGCCCACCUCACCGCCCAGGGGCAACUCCGCUUUCCCAGGCGCCCCGCCACCCCACCGCCUGCCCCCAGCGCCCGCCAGCCCUCGGUCGCAACCUAAUCCGCUCCAGAUCCGCGCCAUGUUUCCUCUGCAUCACUGGGGUUUCCUCCCCUCGGCCGAGCCCGAGCAGAGCAGCGGCCGCGCGUACCUCCCGAAUCCCGAAGCUCUGGGCGCCCGAGCCCGCAGUGCUCAGCGUGUGGGAAGAGGCGAGCCCUUUGAACGGAGAGCCCUGGCAGGGGCGAAGGCGGGGCGGGGGCCCCCUAACGGCCUCGGUCCGCAGAUCGCCCUGGGGUCGGUGCACGUGAUCGACGCCGGGGAGACGGCUCUGGUGGAGGGGCUGCGCGCGGCGCCCUGGGAGUGCGGCAAGGGCGUGGCUAGGAUGCUGCAGCGCUUCUGCUCGCAGCUGGUCAGGCGAAGGCACCCGGGGAUCAAGGUGGCACGACUCACCCGGGACGACCAGCAGGGGUCCCGGGAACUGAAGAAAUACCACCUAAUCACCAAGCAGGGCAUCCUUUCGGUCCAGUUCAACGUGUCGGCCCUGCUGGAGGGGCUGGGCGCGCGGCUGGCGGCUCUGCGGGCCUCCGGCACCUUCUCGCCGCUGCCCACGGAGGCCGUGUCGGAGGCUGGCGGCGACGUGGCACGCCUCCUGCUGUCGCCCUCUGUGCAGCACGACGUGCUUCCGGGCGGGACCAUCAUCCAGGACUGGCAGCCCUACCGGCCGAGCGAGAGUAACUUGAGCCUGCUGGCGGCCAAGGGCCUGGAGUGGCGCGUGGACAGCCGCGCGCGCCCGCGCGUGCUCACGCUGUGCACGCGCCCCUUCCCCAUCCCACCUGGCGGCAACGGCACGUGGCGCUACCUCAACAUCUACACCUUCAGCAGCGACGGCGCGCAGGUUCAGAGCCAGCUUCUGUGGCAUCUGCAGCGCCAGGCCCCGCGUCUCGUCGACCUCAACGUCAUGUGUCAGCUCUUCCUGGCGCCCCAGCUGUGGUUACGGCUGGCUGAUUUCUGCCAGGCUGGCUUGGGGCUCGAGCUGGUCAAGGGUUAUACCGAACAAUACCUGCUGGAGGCGGACAUCUAAGGCCUCUCCAGUCGGAGGGGAGAGAAGAUGCUCUUUAGACCCACCUCCUUCCUCGGAUCCCCCAAGAGCCCCGCCCCUGCUGUUUUCAAGCUCCGCCCCCUCCCCCCGCCCUCGGUCAUCGGCUCUGCUGCCUACACUUACCAGCUGUCCAUCCUUCCCUUCCCUUUUCCCCUUACAUCUCUGUCUGCCAUCUUGACUCUAGCGCCCCCAAACGCAGUUGCCCACACCCAGAUCUGAACCGCCGGGUUUGGGGGAGCCACUCGCGCUUCUGUUGUCCACCCAUUCCCUUUCCCUGCCAAAGAAUGGGUCCCUUCACAGCUUCAGAGCCUUUCUCUGUCCGUGCCCCAGCCUGGGAGUGUACUCUGCGCUUUGUGACUUCUCCCUUCUGCCCUGUCGUGGAUGGAAGCUGGCAGAAGUGUGUGCAACGCCCGAUACCCGGCCAGGAGCACAGUUGCCCAAUACGUAUUACUUUUCUUCCUCCCGAUCUUUCUCAGGCCCCCAGAGCUUGCCCUCUGCUCCUCUCCUCACCGUCCUCUCAGUCUCCUGUGCCUGGACGUCUCUUAGUUUUCCGUUGUCCAUUUGUCUGCCCCUCCAUUCCCCUUCCCCAUGAUCUCUUCAUCACCCGCCCUGUGUGUAAUAUGGAGAAGGACCUGUAAAGGAAAUAGAUUUAUAAUGCCCCACCCCCAUUUGGCCCCUGCUUACGCUCUGGUGAUACACUUUUCUGAGGCUGCCUCCUCUGACUGGGUUUUCCUCCAACUUUGCACAGUGGUGCUAUUUUGCAGGCUCCCUUCCCUAUGCCCCCAACCAGGGGCCCAAAGCAGGCCCGUGAACCAGAGUGUUCUGGGUGGAGAGCCUGGUGUAGUGGAGGGCAGGUCCCUCAGCCUGGUGCGAGGCUGUCUCCUGCUUCCACGCGGGCUGCCUUCUAGUGUGACUGGAACCCCCUCCUCCAGAUAUUUCUGGAACCCCUCCCAUCCUCUUGCUCCUUUAUGCUUUUUGUGGACUUUGACAGUCUUCUAUUUAAAUGCAAGUAGUAACAGCUGCAUUUGCACCGCGAUGUCUCCUACACGGGAUCCUCACAUCUCCCGCAGAGGGAGGACAGAGAGGCUCAGAAAGACUCAAGUGCCUUCCAAGUGGCUCACAAUAGCUGGGAGCCUGGCAGAGACUAGGAACCAGGUGUCCCCAGCCCAGAGCAUACCUCAAACCUCACUGUAUCUGGAACUUCUUGUUGGACAAUGGACAGCAAGCACAGGGUUCGCUGGGGAUGGAAUCAAAGACAUGGACAGAGGAGGGCGCCAAGAGGUGGAACAAGGUGGACAAAGAAGACAGCCGCUGCUCCCCUCUUUCCCCCAUUCCGGCUGUGCUGCUGUGCCUUGCUCGGCUGCCUCCUGCACCUGACCAAGCUGCCCUCCUCCCUGUCACUUCAACCAUGGCUGUAUUGCAAUA